AUGAAGACAUCUUACAGAAGUAACUCCCUUGCAGUUGGUCAUAGCUUUUUUGUAUCAAAUUGUAUCUUCAAGUUUGAUAGCAAGAACUUAAUGGAUCAAUCAUUCACAAAACUCAACAUGAGCAAAGCGAAGGAAGUCAUUGUCCGUCAAGUUUGGGCAUAUAAUUUGGAGUAUGAAUUCAGUCUCAUACGUCAAGCAAUCCAUCAACAUCCUAUGGUUUCAAUGGACACUGAAUUUCCUGGUGUAAUUCAUUCACCCGAAAUCAAUCGACACUAUCUUCAACCAUUUGACAAUUAUCGCUACUUAAAGGCAAACGUUGAUGCUCUUAAGGUCAUACAAGUUGGUCUCACCCUUAGCGACUUCAAGGGAAAUCUUCCUGAUUUUGGAAGCAUUUAUGGCUACAUCUGGGAAUUUAAUUUCUGUGAUUUUGACGUCAAUCACGAUCCUUGUAAUCAAGAUUCUAUUGAUAUGCUCCGCCGUCAAGGGAUUGACUUCAAUCGUAAUUUCUACUACGGUGUGAAUUCAAUGCGUUUUGCUGACCUAAUGUUAUCGUCAGGACUUAUUUUCAAUAAAUCACUUAUGUGGGUCACAUUUAGUAGCGCUUACGAUUUCGGGUAUUUGGUGAAGAUCUUAACCCGAAAGAAUUUACCAAACCAUUUAGAGGAAUUUUUAAAUAUUGUGGAAGUGUUGUUUGGGAAAAAAGUAUUUGAUAUGAAACACAUGAUGAAGUUCUGCGAUUUUUUACACGGUGGUCUUGAGCGAGUAGCUACUACUCUAAAAGUAGGUCGGGCGGUUGGAAAAUCUCAUCAAGCUGGAUCUGAUAGCUUAUUGACAAAUCAGGCAUUUAGGAAAAUGAUAGAAACUUGUUUUAUCAUUAACAAAGUUCCAGAGCUUAAAGAUUAUGCUGGAGUGUUAUUUGGAUUAGAGAUUAUUGUUUAG